AUGGCGACUUUGGCAAACACCAUGGAAGCGAAUGUUGCUGCGUCUUUGCAAGCUGUACAGAGGUUAGCCCAACCGGCAGGAAGCGGAAACGAAAAUGGAGAAGGUGCUGAUGACAGCUUGAGAGGCGUUCCGAGAAUUCUAGCUGCUUUUCAGAAAGAUGGCCCGCCGGUUUUCAAUGGUUCGACAAACCAUAUUGAAGCAGACAAUUGGUUCCAAGCUGUGGAGCGUGCAUUGCUGACUCAACAUGUACGGUAUGACCAGUUCGUAAAGCAUGCGGCUUAUCAACUAGUGGGAGAAGUUCAGCAAUGGUGGCAACGAGAGCGCCGACUGCUACACCAACAGAACGUGAACAUUACCUGGGCGUUAUUCGAGGGAGCUUUCUACAAGAAGUACUUUCUUGAGUCGUUAAGGGAGGCCAAAGAAUUGGAGCUCUUACAGCUAAAGCAAGGGUCCAUGACUAUAGCAGAAUACACCAGCAAGGCUGAGGGAAGUGUCAGACUUGUUAUGUCUCCAUUGGAAAUAAGGAGAUUCUCUGAAUUGGUGGACAAGGCGAGGGUUGUCGAAGAAUAUGCAAAGACGGUAUCCUCAUCAAGGAACACUCUUGGAGGGAAUACUAGUAGGGAACUCGAUAAUUAUCUCGGACCAAGGGAACAGAACUUCAAGAAAGAUGGACAUACUCCUCAGCAUAUGCAAGGUCAAGGGAAAUUCAGAAGGGGCAACAAAUCCCAGUUUCAUCAGGAGGAAGGAAAUGGUCGAUGCUAUAAUUGUGGGAAACCUGGGCAUAUAUCUAAGCACUAUCACCGCGGGAGUAACCAAGAUAAGGCUCAGAAUCAACAGUCAGGCCGUGUGUGUACCGUGGAUGCACGUGAUACGACGGGGUCGGACCCUCCGACGAGUGGUAAGAGUGUGCUUUGA